AUGAGCGGUGAGUGGGGAGCAAUAGGCGUGAACCGCGGAAUCGGGCCGAAAUGUGCAACUAAAUCCGAGCACUGCACUAUAGAUAUGAGACCCGUCGACGUGACUCCAACGAUCGCCGAUAAACUUUUAAAUACGGUGUGCAGCAAUAUAAAAAUCGCGGCUCCGGCGAGAUUCAAAGUAGCCGAUCCGGUACGCGUCAGCAAGUUUAAGACGAUCUUCGAGAAAGGUUUCACACUUAACUGGACCACCGAGAUUUUUCGAAUAACCAAGAUACAACGGACUAAUCCCGUAACGUAUCUGCUGAAGGAUUCGCGCGGCGAGCCUAUCGCCGGAGGAUUCUACGAGCACGAGUUGCUGCGCGUCAACGAUCCCGACGUGUAUCUCGUGGAGAAGAUGUUGCGUUGA